UUUGGUGCGAUGUUGCUUGGUCAGGGAUUUUCACAAAAGACACCACAUGAUUACUAGGCUUUGGGCUGAAUAUAAAAGGGAUGGGUUACAUCUAAUACAGUAUCAGAUCACCGUUUGGAACCACCAGCAUUAACCACCAUGGCCAGGGUAAGCACUGUAUCGUAAACCCGGAUUGUCUAAUGUAUGCGUUUGAUGGUUUUGAAACAUGUUUCAUUUCUUGAAUAUGGUCGCAACAAACAGGUCAUCUUCUACGAGGACAAGAAUUUCAUGGGCCGCUCCUAUGAGUGCAGCAGUGAUAGUCCUGACAUGUCCUCCUACCUGAGCCGCUGCCACUCUUGCAGGGUGGAGAGCGGAUGUUGGAUGGUGUACGAUCGCCCCAACUACAUGGGAAACCAGUAUUUCAUCAGAAGGGGCGAGUACCCCGACUACAUGAGCAUGUGGGGCUGGGGCAACAACUGCAUCAGGUCCUGCCGCAUGAUCCCCAUGUACAGGGGUGCCUACAGAAUGAGAAUGUAUGAGAGGGAGAACUUCAUGGGUCAGAUGGUGGAGAUAAGCGACGACUGCGACUCCAUCAUGGAUCGCUACCACUGGUCCGGAGGCUGCCACUCGUGCCACGUGAUGGACGGCCACUGGCUCAUGUACGAGCAUCCUCACUACAGAGGCAAGAUGUGGUACUUCAGGCCCGGAGAGUACCGCAGCUUCAGGGACUACGGCAACAUGAAUUUCAUGAGCAUCAGGCGCAUCAUGGAUUCCUGGUAUUAGA